GCUUGCAAAGGUUUUGCAAACCUAAAGAAGUGAGAGGUUUUUUUUUCUUCUUAUUAUUAUUUUUUGUGCUAACACGUCAUAGAAGUUUUCCACAAUGCGGAACUGGCUGAGCUUUACCACAGCGCUGUAAAAUCUCAGGAAAAACUGUGGCACAAAGACAUAUAUACUGAUCUAUAACAGCCACAAGCAAAUGUUUCCCCUGAAGUCAAACCAGACUGAAAUGGAGAUGGCAGCUGAGGGUGGAGAUGCUUCUCGUCUUCCAGAGAUCAGAAGACCCAAAGAAGAAGAAGCAUAUGACAGUGAGAGUGAGACAGACAUGGAUGAGGAAGGCAGAGGAGUACGAAUCCCUCUGCAUCGCUGGGUAAUGCAUGGGACAGUGAUGUUUGGACGUGAGUUUUGCUAUGCCAUGGAAACCGCUCUGGUAACACCAGUUCUGCUGCAAAUAGGUCUUCCUGAAAAGUAUUACAGUUUAACCUGGUUUCUCAGUCCUAUCCUGGGUCUCCUCUUCACACCUCUGAUUGGCACAGCCAGUGACCGCUGUAGCCUGCGAUGGGGCAGGAGAAGACCGUUCAUUCUGGGUCUUUGUGUAGGUGUACUGCUGGGAGUGGCACUGUUUUUAAAUGGUUCAUUAAUAGGCCUUUCCGUCGGCGACACUCCCAAUAAGCAUACUAUCGGCAUCGUUCUUACUGUGCUGGGCGUGGUGGUGCUGGACUUCUGCGCUGAUGCCUCAGAGGGACCAAUCAGAGCUUAUCUGCUGGAUGUUGCAGACACAGAUGAGCAAGAUAUUGCGCUGAACAUUCAUGCAUUCUCUGCUGGGCUUGGUGGAGCAAUAGGAUACAUGCUUGGAGGUCUAGACUGGACUGGCACAGCUCUGGGCCAAGCAUUUCAAUCACAGGAGCAGGUUCUCUUCAUGUUUGCAGCCAUCGUCUUUAUUAUCUCUGUCGCACUGCACAUGUUCAGUAUCCCUGAGCAGCCCUUCAGUCCAUCAAACCAGGUUAAAGACACAGAAAAUGGGGAUUCUACUGGCCAGGUAUCUUUGAAGCCAGCUGGCCGCACACUGGAUGUAAUUACAGAAGAGGAUGCUUCUGCUCGAGCUCGAUCCAGAGACGACCCUGAAUCAGAUCCUAAGGAAGUGGAAAUUGACUUUCUUGCUGUGGAGCGAGUAAGGAGUAAAAGUGAUUCAGUCUUAGCCAUGCCAGAUGCUACAAUUGAGUUAGAUGCAGACCUUGACCCAGACACACAAAAUUUCUUGCCAGAGACACACUUUCAACCUGAAAUGCAAGAAGAGCUUGAAGAUGUUUUCAAACUAUCAGAUUCCAGUGCUGAAGCCCCACCUUCUUUCGGACCACAACCCCCUCCUGAUGGGAUUGCCGACGUGACGCCUAUAAGUUCAGUUUUAUCUGAACUUAAAGAUUCAGCAAAUGGUCAUCCGUCCUUCCAGCAGACCAACUGGGGCUCAGAGGAUUCCCAGUUGAAACUGCAGGCCAAACCUGCCAAUGGUUCUGAGUUCCCCAGUGUUAUGAAAACCCAUGGCACCAAGCCGGGAAACCAUACAUCCAGUACACGGCCAGGCAGACCCACCUACUACAGACAACCCUCAUUUACCUUUUCAUAUUAUGGUCGAGUUGGAGCACAACGGCAUCGAAUGCGACACACAGGACAUUUCACCCCUCGGCCAAUCACCACGUCCCAAAGUUUGAAUGAUUUAAGCAUCAUCCAGCGGCAUACAGACAGACGACGGUUGCAGCUUUCAGCCAGCAGUGUGUCAUCUGAGGGCUCAAGCAGUGAGGGAGGAACAGACAAGGGUGGGAGUGUACGGCUGCUGUGGUUGUCCAUGUUGAAGAUGCCCAGUCAGCUCUGGAGAUUAUGUGUGUGUCACCUGCUCACAUGGUUCUCCAUUAUAGCUGAAGCUGUGUUUUAUACAGAUUUCAUGGGGCAGGUUAUUUUCCAAGGAGACCCCAAGGCACCAGCCAAUUCCACAGAGCUACAAAAUUAUCACAAAGGAGUACAGAUGGGCUGCUGGGGACUGGUGGUUUAUGCUGCUACUGCUGCUGUCUGCUCUGCCAUCCUUCAGAAGUAUCUGGAUCAUUUUGAUCUCAGCAUUAGGGUCAUCUACAUUCUUGGGACUCUGGGAUUCUCAGUAGGUACUGCAGUCAUGGCAAUCAUCCCUAAUGUUUAUGUUGCGAUGGUGAUGAUCAGUACCAUGGGCAUCAUCUCCAUGAGUAUCUCCUACUGUCCCUAUGCAUUACUUGGCCAGUACCAUGAAAUAAAAGAGUACAUUAACCACAGCCCAGAAAACACUCGAAGAGGUUUUGGGAUUGAUUGCGCUAUUUUAACCUGCCAGGUUUACAUCAGCCAGAUUUUGGUUGCAUCAGCACUUGGAUCUGUGGUAGAGGCAGUUGGCAGUGUGCGUGUCAUUCCCAUUGUGGCCUCUGGAGGUUCUUUCCUUGGCUUUCUUGCAGCUUGUUUCCUUCUCAUUUAUCCUGAUUUGGAGCCCAGCAGCUCAGAGCAGGACGAGGAUUCGGUGGGUUUUCCUGGAGUAGAAGACCAGAAUGCAGAAAAUACCAGUGAGCAGACACAGGCUCUGCUGAAACUCACAAACACAGAUACAGAAACGGAGAGUUUGAAUAAGAUGGAAAACCACUCUUCUACCUGAGCAUGACCAUACAAAGACUUGCUUAGGAUUAUGCUCAUCAAGCAGAAAUCACAGGAUGUGAGGUUUUUACCAAAUGCAUCUACCUGAUUUACAGAUUUUACAUUCUGGACCUUUCUGAAGGAAAGAUCAGAAAAAGAAAAAAAAGACAUGGCAGAAAGUUAGGUCCAUAUUAAGAUAUCAAGGUGGAGCUGAGCUGGAACAAUUAUUUGCUUUGUGUACUAACAGAAAUAAGUAUUUCAGUUUUGAUAUGUUUCAUUUGUCGUACUACCUCAGCUCUAAUGCAAAUAAAUUUCCAGCUGCUUAGAUUUAAAGAAGCCAUUAGAAUACCAAAAGACAAAUGACAGCUAUCUGUUGUGACUGUUGAAAGUAAAUUAGAUGGUACUACUGAAACAAACUUUAUUGAAAAAUGGAUUUAAGAAGCACACAGGGCACUUUCUGUCUCUCUUCUGAAUGCUGAUGCUGCAGAGUAAAGUAAUGUCUGACACUUUACAUCAUAGAAGCUGUUCUAUAACUGCUUAAUAGACAAUCACGAUGCUGUAAAAAUUAUGUGUAUUCCUGCAUUACCUGCAGGCUAAAUACAGAUGCAGAAAACAUUUUCCAAUUUUUUGCUGAAGUGCCUUGAGAUAUUAAUGUUGCUGGCUUUAAUGCAAUGGGAUUCUGUCAUUUAGACAUAGGUCACUUUAGCUCACUCAGUAUUUUGUCA